AUGAAGGGCCGCAUCAGCUGGAAGAUACGCGAGCUUCAUGAUAAGUAUGGUCCCAUUGUACGAAUUGCCCCCGACGAGCUCUCGUACACGACUUCGGGCGCGUGGAAGAAGAUAUAUGGACAGCGGAACCCCGAAUUUUCCAAGGCACUCGAUGGAAGGGGCAUUGCGCCAGCUAGUAUUGGUGGUCAGCGCAGCUUGAUGACAGAGCAUCAAGACAGGCAUUUGAGGUUGAGAAAGGCGAUUGAUCCGGCUUUCAGCCAAAAAGCACUACGCGAGCAGGAAAACUAUUUCCAAGACCACUCAAAUAAUCUCAUCCAAAAGUUGAAGCAACGGUGUAAGGACGGACCUCUUGAUAUGACCACUUGGUUUAAUCUUGUCGCAUUCGACAUUGUCUCCGAUCUCGCCUUUGGUGAAUCCUCAGGCUGUGUUGACAAUCCGAGCCAACCAUGGAUCGCUGCGAUUCUUGCCCGCGCCAAAGCUAUAGUCUGGUUUCAGCUUGCCGUUCAAUACGGAGCGAUGGGUCUAUUAAACUGGUUGACGCCAAAGUACGUGACAGAGUCGAGGAAGAAGCACAUUGCCAUGACAGAGGCCAAGCUGAAGGCGCGGAUCGAGGCCAAGAACCCAGGCAAGGACUUCAUGUUACUCCAGCAAGAAAUUCGCAGCUUGUUCCAGGAUCCUGCAGACAUGACGGUUCAGGCUGUCACCAGCUGUAAAUACCUGCGUGCUUGCAUCAACGAGGGCAUGCGCCUCUACCCGCCAACUCCAGGAUCACUGCCCCGAUUCGUCCCUGGAAAGGGCGAAAUGAUUGAGGGUCGUUGGGUCCCUGGUGGUUUUGCUGUUGGUGUGAAUCAGCUGUCAGCUGGGCACUCAGAACGUAAUUUCAGGUAUGCGCGUGAGUUCCAUCCUGAGCGCUGGCUGGACGAACCUGGUUCGGAGUUUCAGAAUGAUGACCGUUCCUCUGUUCAGCCGUUUUCGUACGGUCAGAGGGCCUGCCUCGGACGAUCGAUGGCCUAUGCUGAGAUGUCUCUCACAAUGGCGAAACUGGUGCGAUUCUUUGACUGGGAGCUCCACGAACCCGAGAACGACUGGUGGAGUAAGCAGGGAACUUUCUUGUUCAUGGUUGCGCAUCACUCUGCCUGCGCCAGACGCUCGAACAGUAUCACAUCGAAGAUGCAGAUCAAAGUCGUUACCCUAGUGGCAGGACUUUUGUUGCUCCUCCGCAUCAUCAACACUUUUCUAAUCAAGCCUUUGCGAUUGCAUCUCAAAGCUCGCCGCCUCGGUUGUGGUCCUGUGCCCUUUGAGCCAACACGGUGGCCUCUAGGAGUAGACUUGGUAAAACGCGGACUACAAGCUGACAGAGAACAACGAACGCCGGAUUUUGUAGCUGCGCGUUUCGAGGCCAUGGGUCGGUACACCUGGGGCAUCUCGGUGUUGGGGACCUCCAAUCUGAUCACGGCGGACCCGCGGAACGUACAGGCCCUGCUCGCGACACAAUUUGAUGAUUUCAUUAUGGGAUCUGCGAGGAGGACCAAUUUGAAGACGGCGCUUGGACGUAGCAUUUUCGCCGUGGAUGGCAAGGCAUGGCACGGCGCUCGGGAGAUGAUGCGGCCCAUCUUCAACCGAGAAAAUGUUUCUAGACUGGACUUGCUUGAGGAACACUUGCAAAUGAUGCUGCGAACGGUUGAAACAAGCGUCCAUGGGCAAAUACAGGGACUCAGUAUCGACGGUGAGGGAAGAGCAUGGUCACCACCUGUGAGCCUGGCUACGGUGUUGCCUUGCUUGACCAUGGAUUCAGCAACUGAGCUGUUUCUCGGGCAGAGCACACAUUCCCUCGCGGCGCUCCUCGCCAAACAGCAGCACAAAGACGGAAAGGACCAACACGAAGAAGACAGUUUCCACCAUGCUUUCGAGCCUUUGUCGAUUGCGCCAUUGACUCUGCAGACCAAGCAAGGAAUCAAGGCUCCUCUCAACUUCGGUACGACUUCCUUGAGUCUCUUCGCGCCCGCUGUUCCGAUCGCGCGGAAGUACGGGAGCAAGUCUUAG